AACAAAAUACUAUGUAAUUUCAUUAUCUGGAAUCUAUCAACAGGCAGAACUUAGCGCCUAAGAAAUCGUUUCUCGAAGGCGCUAGCACAAGAUAACAUAAACGUACAGGUAAAUAAGUUCGAUAAAGGCGUUUCGGAUAACCCAUGGAAUACACAAAAGUACGUACAUACAUUAACACUGUGCAAUCUAAUUGAGGAUUUGAACGCGAAUCUCUCAUUAGCGGGCAAUGAAUAAAUUUGUUUAUGAAAGUGGAAAUGUACGAUGCUAGAUUAAGACAUCGUUGAUACUUUACAAUUCAUUAACCGUUAAGCCUUUAGGGCACCGUCUUUGUUAUGAUCAAUAUUAAAUCGGUGAAAUAGGAUCAGAAGUUCAAAUAGUGACAUCCUUUAUAUGGAUCUACGACCUAAAUAAACUUGUAUAUGGAAACAUAAAAAAUGACAGAUACGCCUGUAAAACAGAUUCAGAACUGCGCAUCUCCGGACUCAGUUACUAUAGUGACACCGGGACUACCCAACCACGAUGCCGGAAGUACAACAGAGCCUUCAGAAAAUAGCUUCAAGUCAGUUUCAAAAGAUUCUGGAGAAACCGAAGUUGUUAAAAAAUCUUCGAUCUCAAGUUCAGGGUCAUUCAAACGCCGGUCUAUUCGGAGACGAUCUAGCAAGCGUUUAAGCAAACCCGAACCUGAGUUUGGACAUGACACCAAAACGUACGAGAAAAUUCAAGAACGGGUUUUACAAGAACGUGCAGUGACGAACGCCAUAGACGCUUUACAGGAACGCUGGAGAAUGAUAAUGUUUAUGUAUGACGACUGUGUUGAACUGAAUGAGCAAAGAAGAGAACUAAAAUUGAGAAAACUCUGUGUACAAAGACAGUUUGAACUAAUUUUGAUUAUAUCGAUAUUCAUGCUAAUAUGUAUACCUAUAUCAGUGGUCAUUGUUUUAAUAAAUAGAUAGCAAAGCCAA